UCUUUUCCCUCUACACAAAACUACACCAACUCCCUCUUAUCUUUUAUUUUAUUUCUCUAUAUAAAAGAUCUUGAUAUAAGAAAUAUUCAGUAGUGAUUCUUGAUCGGAAAUGGAAGAAAUAAUGGCCACGAUGAUCAAGAAACAGCAAAACCAACAAAUUAUACCCAAUAUUAAAUCACCACUAUCUUCCAUGCAUAGAGAUUCACACACAAUUUCAAAAGUCAAGCCAAAGAUACGCAUAAUUCACAUAUUUGCUCCUGAAAUUAUCAAGACCGACGUAGCUAAUUUCAGAGAGUUGGUUCAGAGACUCACCGGAAAACCAGCAGCUGAUCAUCAUCAAAAAAGUUCGAAGGUCAAGAAACAAAGACUGCCCAUUAAGCAAGAUCAUCAUCAUCAUCUUCUUCAGCAUCAACAACAGUUAAGAACUAACCUACCUACUGCUGCAGUAAUGGCGGGUAAUAAUUUAGGGUUUAGAGAGACGGUGGUUAAAGAAGAAGAAGAAGAGGAAAGAAUGUGGAAUGGUGCAAAUUCCGGUGGAUUCUUGGCUGGUUUUGCAGAUUUGGAUGGUUUUAUUCAAGAACUCGGUGAAUUUCCAAUGCUGCCGAUGGCUAUGGAAGCUAAUAAUCAUCACAUGCAUGGUUUUGGAGAAACUCAAUUUGCUUAAAUUCUUCAUCAGAAAUUAAUAAUUUUGGUUUAAUUUUUCUAUCUUUGGUUAAUUUUUAUUUAAUUUAGAUUAUUAUUUAACUUAUUUAUAAAUUAAUUUAUUUGUUUUCUUUUUGGCCUUUAUAUCUAUAAUUUUCUUGAUUUCUAUAUAUGUAAAAACAAAUAUUUGCAGAGAAAUUGGCACUUAUGAGCUUCUGUCUGCUCCAUUUGGAUGAAAUAGAAAAUUAACAGAUUAUAUUAA